UAUAGAUAAUAGAAUUGUUUUGUAGGCAGCAAGUAUUAGCAGUUAAGCAGAUAUAAUAGCCAAGACACAGCUUCCGAUACGGCUCUCGCUGCAAACCUCUCACAUCUGCGGUUUCUUAACUCACAGGCAGGGGCUAUGAAUCCACAAUCUCAGUACCCUCAGAAAGGGGCAUAUGGCGAACCUGGUGGUCUACCCCCUGCACAACAAUAUCUACCACCGACAGGAGGAAUUAUACAUCAGGGACCUAGUGCACCUCAUCCUUAUGCUCCUGGGUAUCAACAAAACCUAGCUUCAACUCCUGAUUCUUCUGCUGGGACUGGACCUGCUAGGGGCAAUGUUAUUAGUCACAUCAAUAUUAAUGUAGAUCGCCAACAACCUGCCCCACAACCGCAACAAGUCAUAACUUCCCCUCCCCCAUCGGUUGGACCUUAUUUCACUGCAUCUGAAAGCUAUCGAGAUAUUCCUGUUACAACAGUGUGCAAAUUCUGCCAACAACAAGUUGUUACAAGAAUUGAAUUCGUUAGCGGAUUACUAGCCUGGCUGAUUUGUUUCACACUCAUUAUUUUUGGGUUUGUACUUGGCUGUUGUCUCAUCCCAUUUUACUUUGAUGUUUGCAAAGAUGUGAGACAUUAUUGCCCACGGUGUAAUCAGCUGAUCCACGUCUACAAACGAAUGUAACAAGAUGGCUAUACGUGCUUUUUUGUCAGUUAGCUAGCGCAAGUCCUUUUAAAUGGUAUAAACAGCAGCUUUGUGUUAUUAACAUUCACUAGAGGGAGCUACUGAGUAAGCUUUAUUCAAAAAAGAUAUUUAAAGCCUCGCUGCCCAGGCGAGAUAUUCUAAAAAGAGUACAGAGAGGCCCCUUAAAAAAUUUAGAAACACAAAUUUGAUCUUGAAAAAUGUUUAUGUUGCUAUGUAGUGUUCUUUAUGUGAAACAGAGGCUCUUGCAUUACAAUACAAGGUCUAAAAAACAUUCAAAGAUUUUGUGUGGUUUCUCUCAGUGCUGGUGAGGUUUUAAAUAUCAAGCCCCUACUGUUAGAUAGACCUGGGAUUUUCAAAACAAGAAUACUUUCCUUUAGAAAGAAUUAGAUAAUAUUUCUUGUAAAAAUAAAGUUGUUAAGGUUCUUUGAGUUUCCUUAUAUGUUGUAUUACUUCUAUUAAAUAUUCAUAAACUUUGUAACUAUGAAUAAACUUUUUAACCAAUAAAAUUCUCCUCGCAAUUCAAAAA